AUGCCUGACAGUGGAGCCCCCCCACUCCCACCCGCUGAUCAGAGGGCUUCCUCGCAGUCUGCUUCUGCAGGCGACGGUUUGCCCGAUCAUACCGAUAAUAACGAGGCUGUGCCCCUGAAGGUUUUUACUCCAAUGGGACCAAUUGCGGGUCCCUCUGUGGACCCGUCCUCGCACGGCACCAGGUUUGCCUACAGGACUCAGGCUUUGGUUGAGGACAAAUUGCGUACCUUGCAGGUCAGGUGGUGUAAAAUUUUAAGAUGGACUAAAAUAAGUUCAGUUGUAAUGGUGGUGUUAAACAGUGUAUCUCAGGAACACUUUGAAAAAUACCCAGAAUGCUUUACAAAUACUAGAGCUAUUUUUGAUAUGAGUGUUCCAGUCAUUCCUUCUAAAAAUUCUUUCAUUUACGACUUUUUAUAUGUACCCUUGUCAAAGACGAAAAUAAAAAAAUUAAUGAAUAGUGAUGAGAAAGAUAAACAGAAUGGUGGAAUUAUGAAUGAGUUUAACAAUGGUGAUGAGAGUGAUUUUGAUGAUGUACGUUUACCAGACAGAAGAGGAUAUGUAUUAACGCAGGAAAUGAUGAUGAUGAAUGGAUUUCCAACAGAAAAUGAGAAAAAUUUUAAAUCCACAAAUUACAGCGAAACCUUAUCCAAAGACAGUCCCAUGUUUGGAUUAGAUUGUGAAAUGUGUCAGACCAAGAAAGGUCAUGAACUCACUAGAAUAUCAUUAGUGGAUGAAAAAUAUAAUGUUUUAUACGAUACGCUAGUCAAACCAAAACGUCCAAUCAUAGACUAUUUAACACAAUACAGUGGUGUUACUAAAGAAAUGUUAGACCCAAUUGAAACAAGACUUAAAGAUGUACAACAGAAGUUAAUAAGUCUGUUACCACCAGAUGCAAUACUUGUUGGACAUUCUCUGGAAAGUGAUCUGCAGGCAAUAAAGAUGUACCAUCCUAAUGUAAUUGAUACCAGUGUUCUAUUUAUUGGACGAAAUCAACAUAAACUUAGUCUGCGAAACCUUUCAGCAGUGUACCUCAAGAAGUCAAUACAGGGAGGAAUUGAUGGACACGACUCUAUAGAAGAUGCUAAUGCGGCCAUGAAACUUGUUCAGCUGAAAAUUGAAAAGGGGCCGUCAUUGCAAUCAUAUCAUGACAUGACCCGAAGACAAGUUGAAAGUUUUUUUCGCACAAUUUACAGAGAAGAUGUUGAUGGUAGUAUGUUAGACAAUAUAAGUAAUGUCAGACAAUUUAAAAGUGAUCCUGUGAGUACUAUACCAUGUUGUAACGAUAAAGAGGCGUUACGUAAACUACCAGGAGCUUUACAUUUGGGGAAAUUUACUUGGCUUCAGUUGCAUUCACUGAAUACUGUCUUACAAGGAGUCACACUGGAUGAUAACACAAUAUCU